AAUUAAUUAUGAUACGAGGGUACACAUCCGUAUUGAGAAAAUCACUUUGGUACUUACCAUCAAUGGGAUUCUCAAAGAAAUUGGGUAUAGGAGAAGCCUCAAGUGUAUUAGAAGACAAAAUUAAAAAUAUUUCCCAAUUGGUAAAGAAAUAUAGUGAUAAUCUAGAAUGAUAUUAAAGAAUAUGGUACAGUCAUCUCUAUUGGUGAUGGUAUUGCCAGAGUUUUUGGUUUGACAUAAGUAUAAGCAGGAGAAAUGGUUGAAUUCAGUUCAGGAGUCAGAGGUAUGGCAUUGAAUUUAGAAACUGAUAAUGUUGGUAUUGUCGUAUUGGGUAAUGACAGGUAUUCAAUUUAAAUUCAUUUAUUUUAGAGAUAUCUAAGAAGGAGAUAUUGUCAAAAGAACAGGAGCUAUUGUCGAUGUCCCAAUUGGUAUGGAAAUGUUGGGUAGAGUAUUUGAUGCUCUUGGUAAUCCAAUUGAUGGACAUGGUCCAGUUAAAACAAAUGCAAGAAGAAGAGUUGAAUUAAAAGCACCAGGAAUUAUUCCAAGAAAGAGUGUCCAUGAACCAAUGUAAACAGGAUUAAAGGCUGUUGAUUGUUUGGUUCCAAUUGGAAGAGGAUAAAGAGAAUUGAUUAUUGGUGAUAGAUAAACAGGAAAGACUGCUAUUGCUAUUGAUACAAU